AUGAAUGUGGAGCAAACGGAGACACUAGCAAAGAGUGAUCACAUGCAUCCAGUUCAAGAGCUUAAGAUGUGUUUACCAGCUAAUAAAGAUGAUGAAGUUAGCACCAACAACAUCUUGCUGCAAGAAGAAUCACCGGACCAGUCAUUGAAUCAACCAACCGUGGUUAUUUCGAAAGAUAUAUUCAACAAAGAUCUAUGUCAAGUAAGUCCCACGUUACUUCGAGUUGUUUCUAAUAAUUUGAAUGAUGUGAUAAUAAUGUUGUUAAGGUCUAGAAAGUUUGAGAGAAACGUUGGUACGAAUGAGGAUCAUAAAGGCGAUUCACCGGAGAUGAAGAAACGCUUGAAUCAAAAUCGGAACCGGAGUAAACCAGCGCCAUUGGUGGUCACACCUUCCCUAAUGGAGACUAGGAGAGUCCCAAGUUCAUUCUUUAUUAAAGAGGAACUGCCAGAUUUCAAAACUCAAGCACAUACCCAAGAAGGAGCUAACCACGUUACACCAUCAACCGUUGUACUAGAUCAAAACCGAGGAGUGAUCUUUACUUUCUUGCCCAAAGGAGAGCCACCGGAUGCACCAUGCAUCAUGAAGACAGAACAACACCAAGAGAGAGGGUAUGAUGCGGACAUCAGAACUAGAUCAGACCAAGAGCACACCAAACCGGUCUACAUGGAGAAUUUUGGAGAAUCUUUGUCUAAGUGGAGUUCUGAUCAAGUACAAGGUGAAGGGUUAAUUAUUCACCAUGAUAUUAACCCUAAGAAUUCCGACAGUUCAAGAGGGAUCAAAAAUCAGCAAGUCAAAUCACCUUACUAUUGGGAUAUGACUGUUGCACUCUUUUUUCCUUAUCUAGGGUUUGUCCCAAUGGGUUUUCCUAAAAAGGUUUUUAAUGAGGCAAUAUCAAGUCAUCAAGGAAUCAUUCACCAUCCAUAUGAUUCAAAGAUGAUAGCUGAUGUACAUUCUGAUCUACUCGCGGACAAGCAUGCUGAACUACUCGCUGACCUUACCACACAAGAAGCCGAUGAGUCACUACUUGCCAUACAUGGAGCAAAAGGAGAUCAAGCUGCAAAGACUCCUUCCUUAUUCACUUAUGCACGUGUUGAAGCUUUCUAA